AUUUAUAAGCUACUACUAAAUAUUGUAGAAACGUAAUUUUCUGUAAAGUUGCUUUGUAACGAUUUGCGUUGUAAAAAGCGCUAUACAAAUAAACUUGAAUUGAAUUGAAUUGGAUUUUACUCAUCCUCCGCUUUGCAUGCUGUCUCACUCCACCUCUUUCUCCCCUCCUACACUCUCUCUGGCUUCAUGCGUGUAGUGUGUGUGUGCAUGUCCGUGUGUGUACGAGAGACGUGCGACAUUCUUCUGUGUUUCAGGAUAAAGCAUGGCCCGGCUCACCUCCUGUUCAUCCACUUGUAGUGUCACAGAGGCUGUAUCAGGUGAGUUACUGUCCUGUGGCUUCCUCCAGGCCUCACGGAGAGAGUUCAGGGCUCACCUGGAUGAGGUCAUCACGCUCAAGUCAAGGUACUCUACCUUGGACCAGCUCCACUCUAGGCUGGAGGGGCUCAAAGAUGAUCGCAGGAACCAUAGGACCUUCGACUCGCGAGUGCAGUCACGAUGCAGCAGCAAGGAGAACAUCCUGAGAGCAAGUCACAGUGCAGUGGAUAUCACCAAGGUAGCUCGGAGACACCGCAUGUCCCCGUUUCCCCUCACUUCUAUGGACAAGGCCUUCAUCACUGUCCUGGAGAUGACUCCUGUCCUGGGUACUGAAAUCAUCAACUAUAGAGGUGAGACCAUUGCUUGUUCAUACCAAGCCUAAACUAGAUCAAUGGACUUUUUACA